AUGCCUGCGACAGCCACUACUCGCGUCCCGGGGAUAGGCGCUUCGUCGAGGACGAGCCGGGCGGUCCGCGCGCUGCCAAUCCUCGCGUUGACGCUACUCAUGGCCAGAGUAGUGUUGAUGGCCGAAAAGUCCGGGCCCCUCAUCGAAGGCAUGCACGAGCGUUCACGAUUCGAGUUUGGAGACGUCAGCGCUGCCUUGACGAAACGGUUCUAUGGCGUGACGAUUGUCGACGAGUUGUUUGGACAAAUCACGAUCGCCUUUGCUCUUCUCCAGUUUGGAGUUGAUUCGAGCGCCUACUGGCAGUCCCUAGUCUUCCUCACAGACUUUGCGGGGAUAUACGCCAUAGUCCUGCUCGAGUCGUCUCGCUACGUGUACCGCGCGAGCGUCUUCCGCUACCCCAUCCUCCUGACAUUCUUCGCGCAAAUUAUCCCCGUCGGCCUACUUGGCCCCUUCUACUACUUCGCGCUGUCCGUGUUGGCACCGCUAGACCAGCUUCUUGCGUCAUCAGAUGCCAGGCGGCUCGACAUCGCGACCAUUGCUGCCGUGCUCCCCACGAUCCUCCUCGCCUACUACGUUCCCCAUUUUGGAUCAUACUGGCCUACAUCUCUGGAGGAAAGGCACUGGUGGAACUGGAUCUGGCAACUCUAUGGUGUCUGGGGCUCGUUGCUUCUCCUGUUUCUCACUCAAUCAGGCCUUGCGAGGUUUCUGGUUCCGUCGACUCGGGCCAGCGCAUUCCUACGCAUCUCUGUGGGCAUAUUCGCAGCAAUCAGCACACUGACGUACUGGUACGCGGUGCUCAACGCUGAUGUUUCCCUCUUGGAUGCGUUGGUUCCCAAGUACUUCAUCCAGAACCCCCAGGACGGCAUGGUGGCCCUUCGUACGAUCCUGCAAUACGACUACAUCUGCUCAUUCGGCGCGGUAUAUUGCUGGCUAGGAUACCAGUACUGCGACUUGAAAACCACGGGCUUGACUCGCUUAUCGUGGCUACGCAUUGGGACUGUUGCCAUCGCGGCGACCGCGGUCUUUGGACCUGGAAGUGCCCUACUACUGGGAUGGUACAAAAGAGAAGGCAUUCUUCAAGCUGGACGAGCACCGACGAAGAUACAAUAA